GAUAUUUCGAGCAAAAGUUGAAUAAGAGAGCAGAAAUCCUUAACCCUUUACCACUUGUUCAACGUGUAGCCAAUCAUCAUAAUUAAUCAAAUUAUUUAUUUUUCCCUGCCUGUAACUUGAAAUUCUCCUGAAACAACACGUAGAGAAGAAUCGUCAAACGGAAACUUCUCUCUAAUUCUAGUUGUAUUUUGUAAUUAAUCUCAGCUCAAUCAAGCUGUGAAAUUUGUUUAUUUGUUUAUUUGUUUAUUUCUUUCAUCCACAAGAUAUUUUUGGUUCAGUAGAGAGAGAGGGAGAGAGAGAGACAGAAUGGAAGCUUUAAAUGCGAGUUGGUUGCUACAGUCUCUUUUUCAUUUUUCUCUUGGGGAUUAAGAAUUCAAACCCAUCUCAUAGUCUUCUCCUUUCUCAUAUAUAAGGACCCAAUUAAACCUUCUGUACAUCAUCAACACCGACCUUUGGUUUUAUUUUUCCUAGGAAGGAAAGAAGCUUUCAAUUUUGUAACCUAAAUCAAUGGAGUUUUAUGCAUACCCAUCUCGUUUCUCUAUCUCUUCUUUCUCUUUGUUUGGGAAUUUCUUCAAGAGAGUCAGGGAUUUCUUCACCUUCGUCGUUUCUGCCAUUCUUGGCAACAUCUUCUCGGCGAUCUUCACUUUCUUCUUUGCAUUAGUGGGCACUUUGUUGGGAGCCAUGACUGGAGCUUUAAUAGGACAAGAAACUGAGAGUGGGUUUGUUCGAGGGGCUGCAGUUGGAGCCAUUUCUGGAGCUGUUUUCUCCAUUGAAGUCUUUGAAUCUUCUCUUGUUCUUUGGCAGUCUGAUGAAUCUGGAAUUGGGUGUCUCUUGUACUUGAUUGAUGUGCUUGCAAGCCUUCUGAGUGGGAGACUUGUGCGAGAAAGAAUUGGACCAGCCAUGCUCAGUGCUGUUCAAAGUCAGAUGGGAGCUGUUGAAGUAAGCUUUGAGGACAUGCCUAACAUCUUCGACACUGGCUGCUGCUCGAAAGGAUUAACUGGAGAAUCAGUUGAUAAGAUCCCAAAGAUCACAAUUGGUACCAAUAACAAUGCAGACGAUUCUGGGGAAAAAGUCUCUUGCUCAGUUUGCCUUCAGGAUUUUCAGCUUGGAGAGACAGUUAGAAGUUUGCCUCAUUGCCAUCACAUGUUUCACCUACCUUGCAUAGAUAAAUGGCUCCUCAGUCAUGCUUCAUGCCCAUUAUGCAGAAGGGAUCUGUAAUGCCCAUCUUUGUAAAUGGCUUGGUAGAAUUUUUUUCUUUUAUUAUGUAUACGAUCAUCAGCUUUAGGGUUCUUUUAUUUUCUUCCACUCCAACAUGCUGGUUACUCUGCCUCUAUCUACUACUUCAACCAUGCCUCAGUUGGGCUCUCUGUACCUGAUUUUGAUCAUCCAUAUGUAUAAAAAUUUUGAGUUUAUGUGGUCUUUUAUUUCACCUCUGA